GGAAAUGUUAUAAAUAUUUGUGCGUCAAAAUGGAGAUGGACAGUUGUGUGCAAGUGAGUGGGAUGUUCACAUUGGAGAGGAAACAUCAAUAUGAACUGGAUCCACGCAUAAGAUGUCACCGAUGAGUCAAGCGUUAAAGUUUUUGGCAACUUUAGUACCUCUUGACUUUUUGUGGCAGCAUUGACUCCAGCCGUUGUCAACGUCAACGCGACUCAAGGUGUAACCAGAAGUCGUCCGGGAUUGGUCGGAGUUGGGGGGCGGGAGAUCAGCGACCGACUGCCUUCGGGGGCGGCGACAUUGGAUGCAGUGGAGGCGGAGCAGUGUGACAUGAGGCGGGUUUGUGAGGCGGCACUCUCGGCUGCAGAUGAUAGCAGCCAAUCAGGUGUCACCAUCGAGGAGAGAGUCUACUUCUUAUUGGCCCGAAAGUCUCCCAAAAUACCAUUGACAACUUAUGCUCUGGACGAGCUGUUCUCAAUGAUCAGGAGAAAAUCGUGCUCAAGUUUCGCAUGCAACUCGUCGACACAAGAUGACUCCAACAAAUGGACGACAACUGAAACAAUCACAAGUUUUCCGUCGUCCUCCAACCAAGAAGCAAACAGUACACCGAAGAAAAUCAAACGGAAAAAGAAGAAAAUCCCGCCAUUGACUUGAAUACUUUUAGAGUUUAUGAUUCAUUUUACAAUAAACUCUUGAUAAUUGAUUAUUCUAUUCAAGAGAAAUGUAAAGAUUCAACGAAUUUCUUCAAUGGAGGACUAAGAAAAAAGAAAGAAAGUACUGCACUCUCUAUUGAAUGGAUGAAUGAAUUGAAUUUCUCAGUCG